CUAUGCUCUGAGGCCUAAGCACGAAUUUUGACAGCUUCAUAAUCGUAUUGCAUCGUUAAAGUUUCUAUGAAAACUAAGCAGCGCCCCUAUCGGAAGUAAGAACAAUCUAGUUUUGUCCAUACAAAAUUUGACGAUGACGAUACGAUUACGGAGCUGUCGAAAUUCGUGCUUGGGCCUAUUGAGAAUACAUACAGAGUAAACAGUAAUAUUUUGCGUGUUUAUCAACAUAAACUAUUCCGUGAGAUUUUAUUAAAUAAUGUCUCAAACACAGCUUUCAUUAACAUGGCAAUCGUUUCGAAAUAAUAUUUGUGACGGCUUAAGUUCUUUUCAACAGAGGGAAGAAUUCGUUGAUAUGACUCUCGCAGCUGAUGGGCACUUCGUUAAAGUUCAUCAAAUGAUUCUUUCUUUGGCCAGCCCUUAUUUGAAAGAGCUAAUAACUUCAGCCCCAUGUCCUCACCCUGUGUUAUUUUUGAAUCAAAUAUCAUAUCGAACACUAUGUUCUAUAUUGGAAUACAUCUAUUCUGGAGAGGUGAUUGUUUCUAAAGAUGACAUCAGUGAGCUAAUGCAGGCAGCUAAAGCCUUGCAUAUUAAAGGACUGGAAGAAAUGGAUUGGAUUGACGAAAGUGCUAGAGACCAAAUAAGUUUGAGUGCUAGUGCUACUGAUGUUAAAUUAAUUAGUCCAGCCGGGAAAAUCGUAAAGCAGAGAAAACAUGCAGCAUACCCGAUUGAUUCCCGAAAAGUACAAAUCGAUACAAUAACCGACAGUUAUAGCAAACUGUCGAAUCAAGAAGAAUUAAAUCAAAAUGAUGAUUUCAUGGAUACAACAGAUUUUGACGACAGUUUUGACCACCAUACACCAGAAACAAAAGACGUCGAGGACACUAAAACAACUGAUAUCGCAAAACAUCAAACCAUACAGUACACUCUCUCCAACCAAGGCAACAUACAAAUGAUAUUGAAUCGGUUCAUGUAUAAUCUGGUGUACAGUUACAAGAAUUCCAAUCCUCCUGUGCGAUUAUGGAAAUGUGUUGAAAAUAAAGCAAACAAGUGCAAGGCGUCAGUUACCACAAAAGAUGAUAUGGUGGUACAAAGGGUUGGCGCACACAAGCAUGCAUUCCACGACAAGAAGAUCUUGAAAAAAAUCGAAUUCGGUAUUGUGCUGUCCGCAAUCAAAGAUGCAGAAAGUAGAGGCAAAAUAAUGAAAGAGAGCAGAAGCAACGAUACUGAUAUCACUGAUGCUCCAUCGAAAGUUAUUAAAACCAAGGAUCCUUUGAGGGGUUAGUGGUAGGGAAUACGAUUUGAAAAAGCACGAAGCUAACAUGAUUUUAGUUCAGAUUGAGAGAUAUUUGUACGUUUGAACCUUAAGGACCGGCAGUGUAAAUUCGACAAUUUGAAUUAUUCUAUGUGAACGCAAAAAUAACGAUGAUAGAGAGCGUUCUCAAUCCUUGUAUGAUAGACAUUGUGAUCUAAAAUGCGACAUUAAACUGGCUAUGAGCACAUACGGUACAACCAAGGACGGAUUUUACACAGGAUUCGUCAACUCAAGUCAUGCCAAAAGAGCGAGUUAAUAAAUAAAAACUAUUUAGUAAUUUAUAUUAUUUACGGGGUUGCUACCAUGUACCUUGUUUUCUAGCAAGCGCCAUGAUUACGGAGUAACUGAAUUGCGGGUAGGGUGUUAUUGGCAGACAUGUUGUUUUACCCUUAUCGACGUUUUUUAUUACGUUCGAUACCAUUAUUUCACAAGUUUUAGAAACAGAUCUCUUGCUAUUGACUAUGUUAUCACAUCACUCAUUAAAUAAUACAAGUUCCAACGGGUUACAUGCACUGGUUUUUAUUAAUUUAUUGAUGUUUCGCAUCUUUUGCAGGAAUGCGUUGUCAGAAUAAUGACUUUUUUAUUUUAUUUAUGUUAAAUGCUUUAAUUAGCUUAUUUAAUUAAUACAGUACUUUAUUUAAUUCUUUUUUUAUAAUUUUAUUUAAAUGUCAAUAAAUAACUAAAAUCAGUGCAUCUAACCCGUUGAAACUUGUUUUAUUUUUUGAUUAUUUGUUCUUUCAGAAUAGUAAAAUAUUCAUAUUAAAUAGAGAUGCCAACAAUCGGCACAUUAUUUUUCAUACUGUUAAAUAGCCUAUUAAUUUAUAAACAAGGUACAUGGUAGCGAUUUCGUAAAUAACAAAUUACCGGUGUCGAUUCUGGCACGAUUCUCAAAACCGUAACUUAAAUCUGACACAGUG